AGCACAAUCUCCGGGAUGGUUCUCUUUUUUUACAUACUCCUGCUUUUCCAUCAACUUCAUUUUCAGGCAGGAAACACCCUUUGCCGAACAAUGGGAGACCCUAAGUACCCACUGUUUUCCAGGGAUGGAGACAUAACCAUUGGAGCACUUUUUCCAGUCCACAGCAAAGAAACCUUAUCUUCAUUUGAGUUUACACAAAAACCUCGGCUGUUAUCAUGCUCCAGCGUGAAUCUGAGAGACUUUCGACUGGCUCAAGUCAUGAUCUUUGCCACUGAGGAGAUUAACAGAAGUGAACAUUUGCUCCCAAAUGUUUCUAUUGGUUAUCGAAUCUAUGAUACCUGUGGUUCAAGAGUGUCUACCAUAAGUGCUACUAUGGCUUUGAUGAAUGGUGAUGUGAUUGCAGCAGGAGAUAGAUGCAAUGGACAGUUUCCUAUACAUGCUAUAAUAGGAGAAACAGAAUCUUUAGCCACAGUGAUUCUGUCCAGAACUACAGGACCUUUUAAAAUUCCAGUGAUAAGUCACUCAGCUUCAUGUGAAUGUCUCAGUAAUAGAAAAGAAUACCCGUCUUUCUUUAGGACUAUGGCUAGUGAUUACCACCAGAGCAAAGCACUUGCAUACAUAAUCAAGCAUUUAGACUGGUCUUGGGUGGGAGCUGUGAACAGCGACAAUGACUAUGGAAACAAUGGAAUGGCCACAUUUCUGAAAAUAGCCCAGGAGGAGGGGAUUUGUAUUGAGUACUCUGUGAAAUUCUCCCGAACAGAGAUGGAGAAACUCCAGAAAGUGGUAGACACAAUUAAACAAGGCACAGCAAAAGUGAUUGUCGCAUUUGCUUCACUUCUUGAGAUGGGCUUACUUAUUGAUCAGUUAAAUAUUCAGAACAUUACAGGCCUCCAAAUGAUUGGUGUGAAAUCAUGGAUAACUGUGAAGAGUUUGAUCACUCCAAACAGUUUUCAUGUGAUGGGAGGGUCACUGGGGUUUGCAGUGAGAAAAAAUGAUAUUGAAGGUUUUUCAGAUUAUGUUACAAAAGCAUUCUGGGAAACAACUUUUCCACGCUCACAGACUGAGGGAAAUUCUUCUCAAUAUGCAUUGGGUUACAACAGAUAUGAGGAUCUACUUGCACUAAAAAACUACAAUGAAGAUGUGCCUGAACAAAGAUUUCUAAGCUAUGUCUAUAAAGCAGUUUAUGCUGUGGCUCAUUCACUACACCAUCUGCUCAAAUGCAAAGAACAAGAAGGUUGUGAAAAAGGCCUGACAAUAAAACCACAGCAGGUGGUUGAGGCUCUGAAAAAGGUACAUUUCACCAUUAAGAUGGGGGAUAGUGUGUGGUUUGACAGCACUGGUGGAGCAGUAGCCCAGUAUGAAGUUGUCAACUGGCAGCAGGAUUCAGAUGGAGCUAUCGAAUUUAAAUCAGUGGGAUACUAUGACGCCUCACUGCCCCCUAACCAGCACUUUCUGCUCAACACUGAAAACAUAAUCUGGGCUGGAGGACAGGUGCAGAAGCCAAGGUCUGUGUGCAGUGAGAGCUGUCCUCCGGGCACUAGGAAGGCUGCUCAGAAAGGAAGACCUGUCUGCUGUUAUGACUGUAUUCCAUGUGCAGAAGGAGAAAUCAGCAAUGAGACAGAUUCAAAUAACUGCAAGCAGUGUCCGGGGGAAUACUGGUCUAAUGCUGAGAAAAAUAAAUGUGUGCUAAAGGCUGUAGAGUUUCUGUCCUUCACAGAAAUUAUGGGUAUAGUGCUAGUUUUUUUCUCACUGUUUGGGGUAGGAAUAACUGUGCUGACGACCAUCCUGUUUUACAGAAAGAAGGACACCCCCAUAGUAAAAGCCAAUAACUCAGAGCUGAGCUUUCUGCUGCUCUUUUCACUCACUCUGUGUUUCCUCUGUUCACUUACUUUCAUUGGUCGUCCCACUGAGUGGUCCUGUAUGCUGCGUCACACAGUGUUUGGGAUCACUUUUGUCCUCUGUAUCUCCUGUGUUCUAGGAAAGACAAUAGUGGUGUUAAUGGCCUUCAAGGCUACACUUCCAGGUAGUAAUGUCAUGAAAUGGUUUGGGCCUUCACAACAACGGCUCAGUGUUAUUGCCUUUACACUUAUACAGAUUCUUAUCUGUGUGCUUUGGCUAACAAUAUCUCCUCCAUUUCCUAACAAAAAUAUGAAAUAUUAUAAGGAAAAGAUCAUUCUUGAGUGCAGUUUGGGUUCUACUAUAGGCUUCUGGGCUGUGCUAGCUUAUAUUGGCCUACUGGCUGUUUUGUGCUUCAUUCUGGCUUUUCUGGCUCGCACACUGCCUGAUAACUUCAAUGAAGCCAAAUUCAUCACAUUCAGUAUGCUCAUAUUCUGUGCUGUAUGGAUCACAUUUAUACCAGCUUAUGUCAGCUCUCCUGGAAAAUUUACUGUAGCUGUGGAGAUAUUUGCCAUUUUAGCCUCAAGCUUUGGUUUAUUGCUUUGUAUAUUUGCACCUAAAUUUUAUAUAAUUGUGUUUAAGCCUGAACAAAAUACAAAACAACAUGUGAUUGGAAAAACACUACCUUCAUCCUAUUGA